CCUUCCCUUUCCUGCCCAUACAUGUGUUUCUGUUUUGUAUCGUAGCAUUUGUUCUGGAGGCUCAUAUUUACAUUUUAAGUGCAUCUGGAAACACCACCAAAAAAUAUUGCAAAGGCCCCGAGUUCUUGCUUUCUUUAUGCUGCACCCUGCGCCCUAAAAUCAGCCCCAUGCCCCGCAGGAAAGCGGCGGGGCCGCCCUGGGAAGCGGGGGGACCGGGCAACGGGGCGACGGCGACCACGACGACAGGGACGACAGCGACCACGACAACGACAGGGAGGAGACGCCGAGGCCCCGUCCCGGCCCCGGGGGGGCGGCGGCGGGGGCGGCCGGAGCGCGGCGGGGGCAGCAGCGGCGGCAGCAGCGAGGAGGAGCCGCGGGAGCGGCGGCGGAGGGACGGGGCGGGCGCGGGGGGAGCGGCCCGGGGACACGGGGCUGUCAUCUGUGAGCCCGAGCACAGCAAGGAGCGCAUCAAACUGGAGGGCUCCAAGUUCCGGGGACAGCUCCUCAUCUUCGGGGCCACCAACUGGGACUUGAUCGGCCGUAAAGAAGUGCCUAAGCAACAAGUUGCAUAUCGUAACCUGGGCCAGAACUUGUGGGGGCCUCACAGGUAUGGGUGUCUCUCAGGGAUCCAGGUGAGGAGCGUGGUGUCGGGCCCCUGCGCUGCUCACAGCCUCCUCAUCACCACCGAGGGCAAGCUCUGGAGUUGGGGUCGCAAUGAAAAGGGGCAGUUGGGCCACGGGGACACCAAGAGGGUGGAGGCCCCGAAGCUCAUCGAGGUGUUGGGGGGUGAGGCCAUCGUAGCAGCAGCUUGUGGGAGAAACCACACCCUGGCACUGACAGAGAGCGGCUCCGUGUUCGCCUUCGGGGAGAACAAGAUGGGGCAGCUGGGGUUGGGCAACCAGACGGACGCUGUGCCCAGCCCUACGCAGAUCAUGUACAACGGGCAGCCCAUCACCAAACUGGCCUGCGGGGCUGAGUUCAGCAUGAUCAUGGAUUGCAAAGGAAACCUCUACUCCUUUGGGUGCCCCGAGUAUGGGCAACUGGGGCACAACUCAGACGGGAAGUUCAUUGCCCGGGCGCAGCGGAUCGAGUACGACUGCGAGUUGGUGCCGCGGCGCGUGGCCAUUUGCAUUGAGAAGACCAAGGAUGGGCAGAUCCUGCCCGUGCCCAACGUGGUGGUGCGGGACGUGGCCUGUGGGGCCAACCACACGCUUGUCCUGGACUCUCAGAAACGUGUCUUCUCCUGGGGCUUCGGGGGCUACGGGCGGUUGGGCCAUGCUGAGCAGAAGGAUGAGAUGGUGCCUCGACUGGUCAAGCUCUUUGACUUCCCGGGGCGCGGGGCGGUGCAGAUCUACGCCGGCUACACCUGCUCCUUUGCCGUCAGUGAGACAGGUGGCUUGUUUUUUUGGGGGGCCACCAACACCUCCCGGGAGUCCACCAUGUACCCCAAAGCUGUGCAGGACCUUUGCGGCUGGAAAAUCCGCAGCCUGGCCUGUGGGAAGAGCAGCAUCAUCGUGGCGGCGGAUGAGAGCACCAUCAGCUGGGGCCCCUCACCCACCUUUGGGGAGCUGGGCUACGGGGACCACAAGCCCAAGUCCUCAACGGCUGCCCAAGAGGUGAAGACCCUGGAUGGGAUCUACACAGAGCAGGUGGCCAUGGGCUACGCCCACUCCCUGGUGAUCGCCCGCGACGAGACCGACGCCGAGAAAGAGAAGCUCCGCAAGCUGCCCGAGUACAACCCCCGCACCCUCUGAGGGGAACCCCCCAGAAACCCCCCCUGGGGACUCCCCUAAACCCUCCCCAGGGACCCCUCCAACCCCCUGGGGAGCCCCCUGACCCCCGCUUUUCCAAGCCAACAGCGGCUCUAACUACCUGUCCUCCCGUUUCCGAAGCUUUGGGGGGGGGGUUUUUUCUUGCCCCACCCUGGGCUUUUCUAAAUCCCUGAGCGUAGCAGGAUCUUUUGGCACAUCCAGGCUUCUGAUUUGUUUGUUUGUUGGUAUUUUCUUUUUUGGGGGGUGUAUUUUUUUCAAUGACUUCCAUUUCAUUUGUAACAUUUUGCAUCACUUUCUACCAUUUCCCCUUUCAGCCACAAACCUCCCCAGCUCGGGGUAAAAUUGGGGACCUGAAGAGCAGCUACAAAACACCUUUAUUUUCCCUCCCCCAGCCCUUUUCUUCCAAUAUUCCAGUUCUUUGGCAUUUUCCCCCAAAUACCCUCCAUUUUGGGUGCUAUAAUAUAUUUGGGGGGGGGGGUUCCCCCUCCCCACACACACACACUCCUCUCCAGCAUCCCUUUUCCAGGAGGGAUUCAGGAUCCCACCUCCCCUCCAAACUCAUCCUCUGGGGGGUUCCCCUCCCCACUAGCUCAGCCCUCACCCACCCCGGGGAGAUCUCAGGUAUGAUGAGGGGAGCCCUAAAGCUUUUUCUUUUCCUCCCCUAAUUAUUAAUUCAUUAAUUAUUAUGAAUUCAUUCUGCCUGGUAUCAGCCCAAAGUCCCUCCUACGAUGCUGUGCACUGUGCUGGAGAAACGAGGUGCCUUUUUUGAGCAGAGCUCAAGCUCUGCCUCCACGUAACCCAAGGGUGAUUUUUUGGGGGGGUUUUGUUUUUCUUUUAAUCUAUUUUUAUGAUGAUUUUUCAGCUUUUAAGGGUUAUUAAACAUUUAAGUUCUUGGAAGUCCUUUCUCCCGGAGGGGUCGUGCCCGUUCGGCGAGUUUUGGUUUCGAAAAACCAACAAGAUUUUGGUUUUGGGGUGUUUUUUGUUUUCAUUCACUUUGGGGUUGGGGAUUAUCUUGGGGGACUUUUUUUGGGGGGGUUUAGAGACAAAAUAUCCAGGACAGGGAAGAGCAGCCAGAUGGAAAAGUCCAAUAAUCCGCUUUUUUUA